AUGAUUGAUAAGUUAUUAUUUAUUUUGAUUUGUUUCAUUUAUCCAAUUGUUCAUUCAGUAAAAGAAGUUGUCUUAUCAGAUACACGUGAAGCUCGUGAUUAUUUAAAUUGGUAUAAAAUUUCAACAAAUGAAUAUUUAAAUGAUGGUUGGGGUGAAUUAAGUUUUGAUGCUAAAAUGUAUCCAACAUUAUUAUUAUCAACAUCAUCAUCAACAUUAUGGCGUACACAAUAUGUAUGUGAUAUAACAUCAGAACGUCGUGUUGACAAUUGGUUACGUUCACCAUAUUUAAAACGUCAACAAGCACAACGUAUUGAAAUAGAACUUGGUUUUUCUAUACGAGAUUGUUCAACAUUUCAAACACCAAAUGAAAUACGUUCAUGUCGUGAAACAUUUGAACUUUAUAUAUAUGAAAAUGAUUAUGAAGAAAAUGAAUUUUUAUCAUCAUCAUAUAAAUUAGUUGAUAUUAUUGCUGGAAAUCGUUUUACAUCAAAUACUUAUGGUAAUCAAAUAUCAUCACAUGGAAAUAAUUUAACAGUUAAUGUUAAAAAUCGUGGUAUAUCUAUAAAUAAAAAUGGUUUUUAUAUUGCAUUUCGUGAUCAAGGUGCAUGUAUAUCAUUAUUAUAUGUUAAAAUUUUUUAUCGUCUAUGUCAAGAUAUAUCAAUUGGUCUUGUACAUUUUCCUGAAACACCAACUGGAUCACAUUUAACAGAUAUUGUUGAACGUUAUGGUAUAUGUACAAUAGGUUCUAAAACAAUUCAAAAACCUUUAGGAUUUUGUAAAGGCAAUGGUGAAUGGACAUUUCAAGAAAUAUCAUUACAUGAUAGUUGCAAUUGUCAACAAGGUUAUGAACUACUUAUUGAUAAUAAUUCGAAGAAUAAUAGUCUUUUAUCUCGUGCCAUUUGUAAGGUUUGUCCAUUGGGUACAUAUAAAUCAACUAUAAGUAAUAAUGAUCGUUGUGAACAAUGUCCAUUGAAUAGUUAUACAACUAGUAAAGGUUCAUUAUCAUGUAUCUGUAAUGAUGAAUUUUUUCGUUUAAAUUCAUCAAUAGCUAAUUCACCAUGCAUCAGUAGUCCAAAGCAACCAGAAAAUGUUACAAUAGAUGAUAUUGAUCAAAAUUCAGUUCGAAUAUCUUGGAAACAAGCACAUGAUAAUAUUUAUCAUAUUGAAUGUAUUCAUUUCACACCAUGUGAAUCAUAUAUAACUUAUGAACCAAAUCGAACAUUUGUUAAUGGUUCAAGUAUAAAAAUUUCUGGUCUUGAUGAUCAUACAAAUUAUAGGAUAAAAUUAUAUUCUGAACAUAUAUCAACACAUUUAUUCAGUAAACCUAUUGAUUUAUCAUUUACAACAAAACGUCCAAGUAAGCAAAAAACAAAAUUGUUUUUUUUUUGAUUUCCUAUAAAGAUAAUAAUAAAUGUUUGUUUUUUAAGUAUCU